GGAACGAGAACUGGCUUGAUAAAGUUUACAGAAAUCUUUUGGACAUGAGACACAGCAGAAUACAUACCAAGUCAGACAGUAUCACUUCUCAACCAUCAGAAUCACCGUUAUCGUCUGGAUCCUCUCCAACCGCUCGCCCGUCCAGAGACCUCACUCCCGAAGAACAAAAGCAGAACUUUCAACUCUUAAUCACUCCAAUUAUCUUUGUCUACAACAUUCUUUAUGCCAUAACCUCCAAGAUAGUAUCAAUUAUUCUAUACUGUCUUACCCCAGUCUUUUUCAUUCUCAGUGUUUUGUAUCAUAUAUUCCUCCACGCUCCAUACACAGUAGUCAAACGCAUCUUCACAGUGUUUUAUCCGUUAUACGUUUUCUGUACUGUCGCAGCAAUAAUUGGAACGUUUGUUGGUGGAGUUGCUGGAUGGUUUUCCGAAAUUAUCGUCAGCGUUCUUAAUGCUCCAGUUGGGGCCAUCAUAUCCGAUCAAGAGAGCAAGCGGGCAAAGGCAAGAAGACGAGCAGCUAUACUUGCCAGUCUAAAAGAACGACAUGGAAAUAGGCUGCCUGAUGAGCUGAGAGAUAAAUUGAUCAAUGCUCAACAGGGAUUGCGCGAGAGACGUGGAUAUAACGGUGUCAGUGAAGGGUUCUCUGCAAGUAGUUAUGGUGAUAGGAUUCGCUAUGGCGACAGAUACAUCUCGAAUCAGCAGCCUUUAAGCGGAGGUGGUGUUGUGGUUGGCAAUUAG